AUGUUCAGGUCGCGCCGGCGCGCGACUUCUAAUCCGCCCCCGAACCGUAACACCAGCGCCCCGACACCGACCGCUGCCCUCGCUGCCAGUCAGGCAUUCCUGAAGAGCGCAAACUCCAAUGCAUCCCUCUCCUCUGCCGCAGCGGCAGCGGCCCUGCGCACCCACAGCACCUCUCCGGUUCCAGUCGGCAGCAUCCAGACGAAGCGCAUGCAAAGGAGGGGGUCCUCUGGGAGUUCCUCGAGUGCUCCCGGAGUGCGGAGGCAACCGACCCCAGCUCCGGAGCUUCCGCCAAGUCCGCAGAGUCCUCAAAGCUCAUCCUUGUCCGACAUCUCGACUGACUCCGAGAGUUCCGGUCCGCGAUCGAAGCCGUCUCCACUUGUUAGGAAGCCUUCGACGGUGAUGGAGAAUCCUGAGGUUGAGGAAGAAGCAGAAAAGGCCGAAUUGGGUGAACACCCAGGAGUUGCAAAAGAGGCGCCGGUACCAACAAUGUCCAAAGAGGGGGGACAAAGAGCAGUCAGCCCGCAAAAUGAUCGGCGUAUUGGUCGAGGUGCAGACUCGGAGAAGCUGAAGCCUGAUUCUGGACGUGCUAAGAUGUAUGAGAGACAAUCUUCGCUCAGUCCAGCUCGUUCAGCACAUUUUGCGCCAACCGCCGUGGACAUCUCGACUGGUAUGAAGCAUCAGCCGCCGCCAAGAUCGAUAUCGCCUGCGAAAUCGGCAUUGAAGCACUCGCCUUCUUCCUCGAUUCGAACCAGCUCGCCCGUUGCCUCUCAUGCUGUUGGACGAGCGCAUUCAGAUGUUAGUUCAGACGCUGGAUCUUAUGAUGGCUACAAGCCCAGUCCUCGCAAGAAGAAGAAGGGAGUUCGAGUAAGCUUUGAGGAAAAUAUUACUCGAGAAGAAGAUUCACCGUCUUCGCCUUCCUCUCCCGCCGGCCUAGAGUCCUCUCGAUGGAGCGGCCGAACUCUACAGGGUAUGGAUGAUGACCUGGAUGAAAUCAUGAAACCCAGACCUGCAUUGCCCUCAUUUGGGAGCAUCAGGAGAGAACGUCGUCCUGUCGGCGAGGAAAUUGCUGAGAAGGUCACAGAAACUGUCCCGUCGAUGUCCAACUCCACAAGUACCAUGGCCGAGCCUCUUGAAGCUUCAAGUGACCACGCCGUCGGUGGUGUCCUUGCUCGAGACUAUGAAAGCAAAAGACGGUCUAAGGGUGUAAAUGAUCCGAUUGCACCUGAGGUCACUUCUGUGGAGGGCUCUGGCUACGCCUCAGACGACACGGAAUCGAGUCUCGAUGAGUCCGAGCCGGAGAGCAACGAGAGACCACGAUUCCACGGUGUUGGAAGCGGUGCAACUACUCUCCCUGUCAUUCCUGAGAAGAAGUCAGCCGAGGCUUCACCGGCUCUUGAAGUACCAGCAGUGCCUCAAAUAGCUGUGCAGCCUGCGACUCCAGGAACCGAUGCUGAAAAUCAGGAGCCUCCGUUCGAGAUGCCUGGCUCAUGGUCAGACCCAGAUGACGAGUCGUUCGACGAAAGUCUGGCCACUACGACCGCUUCAUUGGCGUCUCAAGAACAUUACGAUACCACUGGUGCAGCCCGUGGUGGUCGCUUCCACGUUUUCUCUGCCAAGGACCUUCAACCAGUCGAAUCACGCCAAAGCAGCGUAGACCGCUAUCUCGAUCACUCAGCUAGUGAAAGCUCAGAUGAAGACAGCGACAAUAGCAGCAUCUACAGUGACGCUGCUGAAGACCUCUCUGAACUAGAUGGUGGUUUCGCCUCAUUGGAUGCUAUCGUCGAAAGUCCGAUUAUCCCACCGCCGUCGGAGACUCAUUCUGUAUCACCUCCAGAAAGUUCACAGCCUGCCAAACCAUCCAGGUUUUCCACCAGCAAGGCUUCGGGACGAGACCUCUCUAAGUCGGGCUCGUCGCGCUUCCAGUCACGCUACGAAGACUCCAGUGAUGACGAAGAUGAUGCCAGGCUGCCGACGUUCCGCUCCCGCUUCGCUGAUUCAGAUGACGAGGACGAUGUCGCAGAACUUUCGUCCGGACUGAGGCCAGUUCGGGGUAUCCCGCGACGGGCUGAUGAUGAUGGAGACUCAACGGAGCUCGAGGAUGAAGCGAGCGACACAGAGGGUCCUGCAUCACCAGCUCAGGCUUCCACCUCUCAAAACGCUGAACGACGUGCUGCGGCUGCCACCAAUGGUCAUCCCAAUGGUGCAACAGCAGGGCUAAAGAACUCUUUGCGCGAUAGCAAGUCAGCUACGGACUCUCCGGUUAGCCCAUCUCGCAAGGAGAAGCGGGGCUUUUUCGGUCUGGGCAAGAAACGUCGCGACUCUGCAGAUGUACCCCCGAAGACACCUCCCGAUGCGACCUCCCCUUUCAGGAUGAAAAUCCUAACGCUGCUGCAGGACGGCCUACGACUUCUGAUGAUUCACCAACAAGACCACGCCUUAGCAAGCGGCAGAGUAGUGGCGGGGAAACUGCUGAAUCUGAACCGCUAG